AUGGACCCCCAUUGGCUGGCCACGAGUGAACACGCGACGACAAAAAAUCCACCCGUCGCCAGCGCGUCGCCGCCGUCGAGCGUCUGCACGUCCACGCGCGCGAUCGCGACGACGGCGAGCGAGCGAGCGAUGUCGAGGACGACGCGCGCGCGCGUGAUCGUCCCGCGUGCACGACGCGCGCGGGAUGAUAGGGCGGUGGACGGGCGACGUCGACCGCACGCGUGGACGCCGACCGUUCGCGGUGGACGACGGACGACGGGAGGCUGCGGAUCGGCGCGAUCGGUAGUGGUGCCGCGAGCGAGCGCGGAUGAGAUCGUCGAUGCGUCGGUGAUCCCCGUGGGGUCGAGAGGGGGGGGGGGGGUGGACGCGUCGGGGACGCGGACGCGGAAGAUGGAACUGCGCGCGCGCGGCGCGGACGGCGCGGCGGUGGACGCGCGCGCGACGACGAACGCGCGAGGGGUGCACACGGUGUCGGUGUCGAUGAAGACGCUUCCGAGAGGCGUUGUGAGCGCUCGGGACGUGACGUUUCACUGGGGGGUCGUGCGCGAGGCCACUGGGGCGACGUGGCAGAUGCUCCCGAGAGAGCUCCUGCCGCCGAACACGGAGUAUCACGGAGAGAAGGCGAUGCGGAGCGCUUUUCCAGUGUGGGGGCCGAUCAAUCUCGUGCUCGAUCCCUUGGCGCGAAAGGUGGCAUUCGUGUUGCACGUCGAGAAAACGGGAGAGUGGAUCAACGCGGCGGAUGGUGGGAACUUUGAGAUUCAACUCGACGCCGCCGACUCGGAGACUCCGCGGGCGGUCGCGCCGGCGGUAUCAAAGGCGCCCGCGCGCGCAGUCUUCCAGACGAAGACUCCGAUCGAGGUCGAGGUACAAUCGCCACCGAAUGAUCCGCUCGAGCGACUCAUCGCCGCCACGGCGCACGCUGAGUGGGAAAAGAUGGGUCGACCAGCGCUUGCGUCGCGAAAGCGAGACGAUAUGCUCAAGAAUGCGGCAGAGCAAAUCAAGGCAAAAUUAUCCAGUGGGAUGAGUUUGGAGAGCAUCUCGCGCGAGAUCGACGGCAUUAAGACGUCUAUCUCGCCGACACGAGUUGAGGUUCAGCCGAAGGAGACGUUGAAGACGCCGUCCAAGUCGAUGACAAAGGUCAAUACGAGAACAAAUUUCACCCUCGCCGAUUUUCAAGCCGCGGCAAACGCACGCGCGGCUGACAACACCGUGGUUAAAUGGAAUAAGCUCUACGAAGGAAAUGAUGAAACAAUUUACGUUGAGGCUAGGGAGCUCGUUGGUGGUUCGAUCCAACUCAACGUGGUGGCGGAGUCUAAGGAUGACCUCAUCCUCCACUGGGCCGUCACAAAGGUAACGGAUGGUACUUGGCAGCCGCCGCCGAACGGCUUCAGCACCACGCCGGCGCGUUCUUGGGCUUCUUCUGGAGUCAGCUGGGAAACCGAGUUCGAGCGAAUGGACGGUCAUCUGCGCGGAGUGACGUUGGAUGUACCCGUGAAUUCGGGUGCUCGCGAAGGUGUCAUCUUCGUCUUGCGCACAACGUCAAAUAGAUGGAUCAAGAAUGGAAAAGAGGACUUCUUCGCCAGCUUAGAAGGUUCGGUUCUUGAACGUCCGCAGAAGAAUGAAAAGUCUCAAUCGAAGAAAAGACGGGACGUACGAGAGGAGAAGCGACGCGAGGAACGUCCUGCUAAGCCGACUGUCGCCGCGAAGGAGAAGAAGAGGACGGCGCCGAUCAAGCGGCAACAUUGGGACGCAGAUGAUAUCGCCAUAGAUCAGGGCGCGUUCCAAAAUUUGGGUGGUUUCGUUGCUGAUAACAUGGUGAAUAAAAUUUGUGACGCGGAAUCGGGCGCUACGCGCUCGUUGAUGCAUCGUUACAACGCUGGUGCGGAUAUGCUUGGUGAUAUGCACGGCAACGGAGAGCCAGGCCUCACGGCGCUCUUCUGCUGGUUCCGCUUUAUGGCUCUCAGACAAUUAGUCUGGAACAAUGACUAUAACAUCAAACCUAGAGAGAUUAGCGCAGCACAAAACAGAAUGACCGAGGGUCUCAGCACGAUUUAUAGGCAAAACGGUGAGCACAGGGAUGUUGUGCGCCUCAUCAUGGCGACGAUUGGCCGAGGCGGCUCUGGCGACGUCGGUCAACGUAUCCGGGAUGAAAUCCUCGCCGUACAGCAGAAGAACAACUGCAAGGGUGGUAUGAUGGAGGAAUGGCAUCAAAAGUUGCACAAUAACACGUCGCCGGAUGAUGUACCUAUUUGUGAAGCUUUGCUUAAGUUCAUCGCGGCUGACUGUGACAUCAACGUCUACUGGGCGCAUUUGCACGCAAACGGGAUCACCGCCGAGCGCAUGGCAUCGUAUGAUCGCAAGAUUUGCAGCGAACCCAAGUUCUCGCGUGAGCAGUACGCAGGUUUGACGGCUGAUUUGACGGAGUAUCUUCGCACACUGAAAGCGGUGCAUUCUGGGGCUGAUCUUGACUCUGCCGCCGAGGCAUGUCUGGGCUAUCACCAAGAUGCUUGCAAAGGGAAGGAGAUCAACAUUCCGCCAAUCCACGGGGUUGCGAGCGAUAGGCUUGAGGAGUUGCUGGAUGCCGCCAGAGAGCUGCGCUCAGAGGAUCCUUUGUGCGCGUUGGAGGCGAUGAUUGAGGCUCGAAGGUACCUUUGGACUUGGACUCGACCGAAUGGUAAAUCGAAUGAUCGCAUCAAAGAUGUCAUCUAUCUCGAUCUCGCGCUGGAAGGCGCAGCUAGAGCCGUCGUGGAAAGCUGCCUCGAGUCUUUGCCCAAGCGCGCUCCGUACGAAGUACUCAGAAUCAUGAGUCUAGUGCUCGAGAACCUUUGCAUGUCUACGAGCGGUAAUUACGAGCUGCGUAUUUGCCUGAAGGAGUGGCAAAACGUGCUCGAAGCGGCGAGACGAAAUGGUGAGUGGGCUCUGCAGGGAAAAGCAGUAUGUGAUCGACUGCAAAACUCUCUUGCGGAAAUAUCUCAGCGCUAUAUCGAUGCCCUUCAACCCACUGCGCAUAGCAUGGGAGCGAAACUCGGCGUCGAUGGACACGUGCUUGAUAUUUUCUCAGAAGAAGUCAUUCGAGGCACAGCUGCAGCGCCGCUUUCACAGAUGCUUCGAGUUAUCGACCCGAUCAUUCGCAACGUCGCAGAAAUGGGCAGCUGGCAGAUCGUCAGUAAUGCUGAAUGCGCGGGUGUGAUUGUACCUGUCAGAUCUCUCGCCGAAGUGCAGCAUGUCAAAUAUUCUCAGCCCACUGUCCUCAUCUCCGAUAGAGUGGGCGGCGAAGAAGAUAUUCCGGUGGGUGUGGUCGCUAUCAUUACACCUGAUAUGCCAGAUAUUCUUUCUCACUGUGCUGUUCGCGCCCGCAACGAGAAAGUUCUGUUUGCCACUGCGUUUGACGUGUCGAUGUUUGAACACAUGAAGGGCAUGGAUGGGAAGUCGGUCGAACUCAAGCCAUCUGCACAAGGUGAUGAUUUGCAAGUGCAGGUCGUCGAUCGCGUCGAAGCUAGUUCUCUGGAGAGCUCGAGUCCAUCGAACGCAUCUGCAGUGAGUGGCGUCUCGAUCAUAAAGCGUCCGUUUCAAGGGAAGUUUGUCGCAACAUCGUCCGAGUUCACGCCUGAGCUUGUCGGCGGGAAGUCUCGUAAUCUUCAACUCCUUCGCGGCCGAGUAUCGAAUCUCAUUAAACUACCACCAUCUGUCGCCAUGCCGUUCGGUACAUUUGACGCCGUUCUCGACAUGCCGCAGAAUGCAGAAGCGAAGACGGAGCUUACAGCUCUUGUUGCGCAACUUGAGACAUACGACUACACUGACGGCGCAGGAUUCAGAGAACUCAUCGCGAAGGUCAAGGCGUGCAUCAGGACAUUGCAACCGAACGCUGAGCUUUCUGCUACAUUAGAGACUGCCUUUUUGGCUGAAUCUUUGAGUUGGCCCGGAGAUCUUUUGACGAGUGCAAAGGGCCAGAAGGCGUGGCAGACUAUUCUCGGUGUUUGGGCGAGUAAGUACAACGAGCGAGCGGUGUUGAGCUGCCGAAAGGCUUCUCUAAAUCACGCUGAUUUAUCCAUGGCUGUUCUUUGUCAACCAGUCGUGCGUGCGCGUUACGCAUUCGUGUUGCACACUGUGAAUCCUCAAAACAACAACAAGGACGAGAUCUAUGGCGAGCUCGUUUGCGGCCUUGGUGAGACUCUCGUGGGUAACUUUUCUGGUCGAGCGUUGUCUUUCAAGGCUUCAAAGAAUGACUUGGACAAUCCCACUGUAGUUGGUUUCCCAUCGAAGUCCAAGGCCUUGUUCAUGGAAGAAGACACGCUUAUUUUCCGCUCAGACAGUAACGGCGAAGACCUGGAAGGUUUUGCUGGCGCCGGUCUCUACGACAGCAUCACGAUGGAGGAAGCGACGCUGAGAAACGUCGACUACUCAGCCGAUUAUCUCAUGACAGACGAAUCUAAGCGACGCACAAUGCUGUCUAUGGUCGCGAAGAUCGCCCUGGAGAUUGAAAAUCUGUGUGGAUCUCCCCAAGACAUCGAAGGCGCGAUCGCGGACAAUGGUUCUAUCUAUAUCGUCCAGACAAGGCCUCAAGUGUGA